AUGUUUGGUUACCUGGCAUUUUUCCGAACAACAAACUUAUUUGGAAUACAAUCUCCGCCAAAAUUAACAAAUAUGAUUCAAAUGAUUCUUACGUUAAAAGUUACAGGUAUUGCUUUUGAAAUAAAUACUGCAUAUAUGACAAUAGAAAAAAAUAAAAAAUUAUCAGCAAAAACUUCAAAGAAAGUCGAUGAGACAACUGAACUCACAGAAUGUGAUAUGGAACUAUACAAUAUAAAUUUCAUAGAUUUAUUUUGUUAUUCUUUUAAUUAUAUUGGAUUACUGACUGGUCCAUACUAUCGCUAUAGAACUUAUAGAGAUUAUUUUAAUACACCAUUCAGGCAUUACGCUGAUUCAAAAAAUGUUACAAUUAAAAAAUUAAAAUGGUGUGCAAUUUAUUCAAUAAUCCACGUAAUUACUGGAUACAUUUGGCCAAUAAAUUAUGCUAUGGAAGCAGAAUUUUACGAAAAAUGCUCUUUGUUAUACCGUGUCUUCUAUAUGUGUCCUAUAUAUUUAAUUUUUAGAACAAGACUUUACGUUGGUUUGAUAUUAGGUGAAUGUGUUUGCACAAGUGCCGGUUUUGGUGCAUAUCCUGAUGAAUCGGAUGUUGCCAGAGGAGGAGGGCCAAGAAAAAAAUACCUUCAUUUGAAACGAGAUUGUGAGAAACUUACCUAUAAUUUCGAUACUGUCAAGAGUAUGGAUGUUUAUUGUAUUGAAACACAUCCGACACUUCGCGAAACGGUACGACAUUGGAACAUAUGUGUUCAAUAUUGGUUGGCUAUGUAUAUUUAUAAAAGAUUUCCUAGCAAAAAAUACAGACAAUUGGCAACUUUUGUAGCUUCAGCUUUUUGGCAUGGCUUUCACCCUGGAUUCUAUUUUUGUUUAGUAGGAGCAGCAUUUUACGGUUUUGUGGAAGAAAUUCAUUAUCAAAUGUGGAAAGGAGUCACAGGCUUAAAAUCAAAAUUUGUUUAUGCUGCAUUUUUAACCACAAAAGUGUUCGCUUAUAGUUAUUUAACAGUGCCUUUUAUAUUAUUAAAAUUUAACGAUUUGUGGCGUUAUUAUUCAUCUAUUUAUCAUUUAGGCUAUAUUUACUUCUUUAUAAUGGUAAUAACAGCAAUUUUAGCAACCAAAUACAAAAAAAAGUCAGAAUAA